AUGAGACCAAUCAAGUUAAUGGGACAUGAGCGUUCUUUAACGCAAGUGAAAUACAAUAGAGAGGGUGAUUUACUUUUCUCUGUCGCAAAAGAUAAUGCAGCAUCGAUUUGGUAUUCAUCAAAUGGAGAAAGAUUAGGAACUUUAGAAGGACAUAACGGUGUGAUCUGGUCGAUUGAUGUUGAUCCAGAAACCGAAUUAUGUGCAACUGGUGGUGGUGAUUUGGCUAUAAAAUUGUGGAAGGUUGAAACGGGAGAAUGCGUUUACACAUGGAACAGCCCUUCACCUGUAAGAAGAGUUGCAUUUUCACCAGAUGGAUCAAAGUUAUUGGCAAUUGCUGACCAAGUAAUGGGUCAUGUUGGUACGAUAACUGUAUAUGACAUAAACCGUGAUCCAAGCACUUUAACGCAGCAGAGCGAAAAUCCAUCCUUGGUCAUUGAAAGAGAGGAAGAUGGCGCCAGGGCUACCGUUGCUGGGUGGUCAGGUGACGGCAAAUACAUAAUAGCUGGACAUAAUGAUGGCUUUGUAUCCAAGUACGAUGCUGAAACCGGUAAGUUGAUUAAAAAGAUCCAAGCACACGGUAUACAUAACGAGGAAAAGAUAGUAAGUGUCACUGAUAUUCAAUUUGCACCAGAAGAUAAAUCGUACUUUAUAACUUCAUCAAAGGACAAAUGUGCUACUUUGAUCGAUGUUGACACUUUUGAAAUAUUAAAGGUUUACAAAGCUGAUGCUCCUAUGAACACGGCUGCCAUCACGCCGUUAAAAGAUUUCGUAAUUUUAGGUGGUGGUCAAGAAGCAAGGAAUGUCACCACUACAGCUGAGUCACAAGGUAAGUUUGAGGCCAGAUUUUAUCACAAAAUAUUUGAAGAAGAAAUUGGACGUGUCAAGGGUCAUUUCGGUCCAUUAAACACUGUUGCCGUACACCCAGACGGUACUGGUUACAGUAGUGGAGGAGAAGAUGGUUUCAUUAGAGUUCACUCGUUUGACAAAUCAUAUAUUGAUUUCCUCUUUGACGCAGAGAGAACUGAAAAAGCUGCAGCUGCAGGAAACAUUUAG